CGGAGAUGAUGGCUGCUGCAGAGGGUCGGGACAGAGAUUAGGUUCGGGAAACGCUUCCCUUCUGCGGAAGAGGAAGCGUCCCUUCGAACGGAAGCUUUCUGGCUGAGGUAUAGUCGGGGAGCAAGAAGUUUUUCUGAUCGCUGCAGGUCGGUGUAAGCGUGGGCGCUGCUUGCGGACCUUGGGGUAAGCAAGACAAAGCGCUGAGACCUCAGCGGGUCCAGGUCUUUAGGUCGGUUGGUGCACCAGAUUGCAGGGCUAAGAGAGGAAGACCGUUUCUGAUCCCUGCAGGAAGAGUAAGCAGGAAAAAAAACCUCAGCAUGGAAAAUGUACCCCAGGAAAGCAAAGGAGACGAGCAGCCUCCGGUGCAGAAUGAAGAAGCAGCCCACCCUUUGGGAGGUGGUGAAGGCCAGGAGCCUAGAGGAAAUAUUAGAGCGGGUUGGGCCCCACCUGCCCCUGAUGUUAGAGAGGAUAUGCCCAAUAGGCUUGUCAAUAACCUUGACAUGAUAGAUGGAGAUGCAGAUGAUAUGGAACGGUUCAUGGAGGAGAUGAGAGAGCUAAGGAGGAAAAUUAGGGAGCUUCAGCUGAGGUACAGUUUGCGCAUUCUGAUAGGGGAUCCCCCUCACCAUGACCAUCAUGAUGAGUUUUGCCUUAUGCCUUGAAUGCUGAGGUUAAUAAUAAUAAACCCCCUGCUUCCCAAAGCUGCAUUUUCUUGAUGUACCCUUUACUGUGAACCUGUGGUGUUCUAUCAUUUUUCUGAUUGGAGAUUUCAUUUUGACUUACUCUGGAAGUUUUUCUGUCCGCAGGGGAGUUUCAUCAACUUGCAUGGAAAGAUGUUUAUUACAUACUGUGAACAUAAUAAAGCAGUUUAAAAAGCAGUCUGUAGAUACACUAUCUCAUUUAAAAGCAUGCAUAUUGUAUAUAUGUGUCAGGAUGUUUUUUUCUUACUUUCUUUAAUUUCUCUUGACCUGUUUUUUCUCAUUUUUCCAAAAUGAAUACGUGUGUAUUAUGUGUGUCAGGAAAAAUGUAAGAGGCAAAGAACUUGCCUGUUGGCUUAUAAAGGGAAUGGAGAUAAUCAAUAAAUACUUGAGACACAA